CUCUCUCUCUCAACAGAACAAACCCCCAAAAACCUUCCAAAAAAAAAAAAAAAAAAAAAAAAAAAAAAAAACCACCCCAAAAAAAAUCUCCAACCGUAAUUACAGAGGAGAAUCAUGGGUCAGGGUGCACCAGCCGGACUAAAUCGUCCGCCCCGCGGAGAGAAGAAAAAGGACGGCGAUAAGAAAGAAAAGAAAUUCAAGCCGGCAGCGCCACCGGCUCGAGUCGGCCGGAGGCAGCGCAAACAGAGGGGAUACGGUGCCGCGGCUCGCAUACCGGCGGUGACGCCGCUGGCGAAGUGCAAGCUGCGGCUUAUGAAGCUGGACCGGAUCAAGGACUACUUGCUCAUGGAGGAGGAGUUUGUGACGAGUCAGGAGAGAUUGAAUCCGCGGCUGGAGAAAAAGGCGAUAAAUCGUUCGAGGAUCGACAUCUUCAGAGGAUCGCCGAUGCGUGUCGGGCGUUUGGCGGAGAUGAUUGACGAGAAUCACGCCAUUAUUUCGCAGGGGUACUAUGUUACCGUCUUGUCUUUUGUGGAUAAGGAUCAGCUGGAGCCUGGAUGUAAGAUUCUUCUGCACGACAAGUUGCUUUCUGUUGUUGGAUUGCUACAAGAUGACGUGGACCCCAUGGUGUCCGUUAUGAAAGUCGAGAAAGCUCCGUUGGAGACUUAUGCUGAUAUUGGCGGUCUUGAUGCCCAGAUUCAAGAAAUCAAAGAGGCGGUCGAGCUUCCGUUAACACACCCGGAAUUGUAUGAAGAUAUUGGUGUUAAACCUCCAAAGGGUGUCAUACUCUAUGGAGAACCUGGAACUGGAAAAACUUUACUAGCUAAGGCCGUGGCAAAUUCCACAUCAGCAACUUUCUUGCGUGUCGUUGGAAGUGAACUAAUCCAAAAAUAUCUGGGAGAAGGUCCCAAGCUGGUGAGAGAGAUUUUUAGGGUUGCUGAUGACCUUUCACCAUCUAUCGUCUUUAUUGAUGAAAUUGACGCAGUGGGUACAAAAAGGUACGAUGCCCGCUCGGGAGCUGAACGUGAAAUUCAGAGGACAAUGCUGGAGUUGUUGAACCAAUUAGAUGGUUUUGAUUCGAGAGCUGAUGUCAAAGUAAUCCUUGCCACGAAUAAAAUAGAAAGCCUUGAUCCUGCCCUGCUUCGACCUGGUAGAAUUGACCGGAAAAUUGAAUUCCCUCUUCCUGAUAUCAACACGAGGAGGCGUAUUUUCCAGAUCCACACAUCGAGGAUGCCGUUGUCUGAAGAUGUUAACCUAGACGAAUUUGUAAUGACGAAAGAUGAGCUUUCCGGAGCAGAUAUCAAAGCUAUAUGUACUGAAGCUGGCUUGUUUGCCUUGAGAGAGCGACGCAUGAAGGUGACGCAUCCAGAUUUCGAGAAGGCGAAAGAGAAGAUUAUGUACAAAAAGAAAGACGGCGUUCCCGAGGGGAUGUAUACAUGAUGAUGAUUACGAAGCUCCGUCUGUCACCUUUUUUUAAAGCAAUUUACGUAACUUCCAUUCUGCGUCAUUCUUAAAAAGCUUCGAAACCAUUUCACAAGAGAAUUAAAGUGCGAUAAAAUAGAAGUUCCGUAUGGCUGAAAUUUGGUUGAUGCCUAUAGUAACCUUCAUAUUUUGUACAGCUUGUUAAUUUUUUAGGAGUGGUUGGAAAAUCAGUUUCUAGUUCAAUCUGAUUUCGUACAUGAUAAAGUUAGAUAUUGCAUUCUUCGGUACAUGGAUGUAAAAAGUUCAGAUUGUUAUAAGGUUAGCUUCACUAUAAUGAUAUUCGUUC